UCUACCCCCACUGUGCAUUGGAACUAGUGACAUUAGCAAAACCAUCUCUGUUUCUGUACCUUUGAGCUGUUUUAAUGAAAAUGGUCACACUGCUGCGAAUCCAGUCUUUAACAGUUCAAACACACCUGGAAAAUCCAGCAAAAUAUCAUUUUCAGGAAUCACAAAGGCAGCAAGUCAAACAGUACUUCACAAUUGGAACCAAAUUUUCAACGCAGGCGCUUUCCUAUUCACAUGCCCAACCGGCAGGAAUAACUCCACCUCUACUGAAUGGACAUAUGUCUCCUGUGGCAGAAAGCUGUACACCAAAUGGCACUGUGUCUAAAAUACUAGCUUUGGGAAACAGCCAUGAAAAUGAGAUGGAAGAAUUUAUCGAUGACAUAAUUAGUCUGGAAUCAAGUUUCAAUGAUGAUGGCCUGAACUGCACAGAAACUUCUUUGUUAAUGCCAAAUAAUCAUUCAUUAUCCAGCAGUAUUUUGGAUGUUUAUAAUACUGACCAAAGCAUUUCCAGUUCCACCAUGGGGCUGUCUAACACAUCUUGUACAUCUGGCGUUGGUGUAAAGAGGGAAGUUACAGAUACAGAUACAAGAGCAUUGGCUAAAGAGAGGCAGAAGAAAGACAGUCAUAAUCUAAUUGAACGGAGGAGACGUUACAAUAUUAACUACAGGAUUAAAGAACUUGGAACGCUGAUCCCAAAGUCAAAUGAUCCUGAUAUGCGCUGGAACAAAGGAACUAUUUUAAAAGCUUCAGUUGAAUACAUCAAGUGGCUACAAAAAGAACAACAAAGAGGUAGAGAAUUAGAACAUAGACAGAAAAAAAUAGAACAAGCCAACAGAAGAUUGCUGCUGCGUAUUCAGGAACUUGAAAUGCAAGCCAGAGCACAUGGUUUGCCAAUGCCAUCAAUGUGCACAGUAGAAUUAACUUCACAAGUCAUUAAGCAACAAACAUUUGGAGAAAAUAUGUCCGAAGAUUAUGUUCAUCAGCUUCCUAUGUGUAUUGGACAAUCAACUGACUUGUGUGAUGGGUCAACAGGAUUUUCUGAUCCACUCUCACACUUUACAGAUUUAUCCUUCAGUGCUGCACUUAAGGAACAGAUAUUAGAAGAAAUGUCUCCAUACGGAACUGACCCCUUUCUGUCGGCAACGUCACCUGACCUUUCCAAAGGAAGCAGCAGAAGAAGCAGUUUCAGCAGUGAUGAUGGUGAUGAAGUAUAAAUACAGUAGACAGACCCUAAAGACAGUUUCUUCUGUGUCAACUUACAAAGAAGACGUAAAGGAAAAAGUGAUUUUCAUUGCAGGGAAAGAGUGCAAAAUGAACAACUUCAUUCUCUAACACAUGAAUGUCAAAGUGACAUGUUUGUAUAUUAUAUUUUUCACCCAUUAAAUUUACAUGGGCCUAAGUAAUUUUCCACUAUAACAGCUCCAAUUAGUAAAUACAACUCAACUUGUUUAGCUUGGGGCUAAAAAUCACCUGGUGACUAAACUUUAAUGAUUUUGUGUAUGUGUAUUACAGUAUAAUAUUUCCCACUGGUAAUUAAGUUGACAUUUUGAUAAAUGGAACAUCCUUUUAGCAAAUUUAAUUAAGGGUCUUUAAAGGGCCAUAGGGCAGACUAGAUGGGCCAAAUGGUUCUUAUCUGCCGACACAUUCUAUGUUUCAUAGCAACAGAUAUUUGCUAUAUAAUGUAUUUUUCUUACACUCCAGUAUAAUAAGAAUGUUGUGGCCUUUAAAAUGUGAAAACUUAUUUCUAUUUUUCAAAUUUCAUAGUUGACUCGGAUGUUCGUGAGGAAAUAGCCAUUUUAUAUUUCUGCUACACUGACUAAAAUAACAACUGGCAUUACUCUAGAUUAGGACAUUAAAGUUCUCUUCUUUUUUUGAUGUAUUGGUAUUAUUUUAAUCAUCUUGAUGGGAUAUAUUUACUAACACUUAUGUACCAAUGAACAGUACAUCAGGAAUUGUGUCAGAAAAAGAGGCCACAGGUAUGGCUUUAAGGACUUUCUGGUCUACACUUUGCUUCUAACUCACUAGAGUCUGCAUAGAUAGUUUUUAAACACUAGCUGCUCUAAUAACGCUAUGUCAUAACAGGCAAGUGCCUUUGUGACGUUUGUACCGAACGGUGAACCUUUUGUCAAAUCACGGUACCCAUAUGCCUCAUCACCAGAAGCAGCAAUUAUUCACCAAGAUUAUGUUUUAAACAGCAGGAAGACAAAAAUGACUAGGUUUAAAAACGUGGCUGUAGCAUCAUAUAAUGCUUAAAACAUUUGCCUUCAAUGCUAAAUUUAAAGGCAAUGUGUAACAUUGAAUAUUAUGUCAGAUCAUUAGGGAGCAUGUUAUAGAGCAGGAGGAACUGAGCAGAUUGGCAUAUAGUUUUGUGGGAUUAGUACAAAUUCUAUAACAUUGAGGCAUAAUAUUUUACACAUUUAGAACUCUUUCUGUACUUAAGAGUUCAGAGGGCAGUCC